AUGAGAGCCGUCCCCACGCGCCAGGCCCAUCUGGGAGGUGCACAGCUCCACCGUCCGGACCACGGUCAGGGCCGUCUGCGCUCAUUUGUCGGUCAGGCAGAGCAUCUGCGAGUGAGGCCGCGGGCCGGACACACGAGCAAGCCGAUCUCGCCCGUUCGACGUGGGGAGGCGACUUUGUUGCAACAGCCGUCAAGCGUAGUUGCCCGCGUUGCUAGCCUCGACGCUCCUGCCCUCCCAGCCGCGCCCGAUGCCCGGCAGAGGAGAGUGCGUCGAUGGAUUCCGGUGGUGGUGGGGGCGUGCGUAUUCGUGGCCUGGGCGAUGACGGUUGCUCAGUGCGGUGGCUCUGGCAGCGCGCUGCCUUUCGCCUCGGUUUCGGGCUCCGCGGGGGCGACCGCGCACCACGGUCUCUCCCUCCCGGCCAAGUCGGCCUGGGCUGGCCUCCUCGCGGGUGUACUUCACACCCUGGCGGGCCCCGACCAUCUCGCAGCGCUGACGCCGCUCACGAUCGGGAGGGACCGCUUCAAGGCCUCGCUCCUCGGCGCCCUGUGGGGCUGGGGCCACUCCUGCGGCCAGUUGAUCCUCGGGCUCGCGUUCGCGCUGCUCAAGGACAGGAUUGAAGGAUUCAUGCCGGCGCUCACCAAAUACUCCGGCACCCUCGUCGGGCUGAUCCUCGUGGCGAUCGGUGUCAUGGGCAUCUACGAGUCGUUCUUCGAGGGCGACCACCACCACCACCACCACGACGAGCCCAUGGAGGUCGGCCCUGACGGCACGGUCGCGCUGAAGGAGCGGAAGUUUGGCUUUGCCACGUUUAUCACUGGCAUCGUGUACGGCCUGCAACCGGACGCGCUGUUCGUCAUCAUCCCCGCCCUGGCGCUCCCGACGAAGCUGGCGGCGGUGGCGUACAUCAUCAUGUUCGUCACCGGGACGGUGGCUGCGAUGGGCGGCUACACGUUUGCCAUUGGCACCGCGACGGACUCGCUGAAGAAGUCGAACCCGUGGAUCUUGAAGCACCUGUCCACGAUUGCGGCGACCAUCGCCAUCACCGUCGGUGUCGCCGUGAUGCUCUCGGGCUGGGGCAUUGUGGAGGUGCCCGGCUUCGGGUGA